AACUGGUCAUGAAGCUCUGUGAAUCUUCACCACGGAGUGCACUGUAGUGUUUAUGAGCUAACUUCUCACAGCGGACAGCGGGCGUGGCAACGCGGAACAGUACGUUUAAUCAAACCGCGUCUAACCAGCUAACUCAACCACACAUGUGUUCAAGGUGAUGACUCACCGGAAAGAAGAGAGUCGUUAAACGCACAGAACAUCGUGACAGUGGUUCUAAUCAACAUUCACACCGCGAAGUCCGCAUCUGGAUUCCAGUCGACGCGCUACAUUGUUUGCGACUUCGUUUCAUCCCAGAUAUUGCGUUUGAGAAGACCAGCUAUUACCUGUAUGGUAGGCCUACCUAGAUGACCCGAGGCAUGGUUCAUCAUUGAUUACCCCAUGUCAACAGACUAGACUACUAGAAGGAUAUGAAUGGGUUAUAUUUGUGUCUAUUAACGUUAAUUGGUUAAUGUCAGGUGGCAUGGACUGUUGGCUAGUGUAACUACGUUGCAAAGUGGAUUUUCUGAGAGAUUCAGCCACCGGAAUUGAAUAGCUUACUUUUAUUACUCCCACUUUAUUCGUAGCUUAGGCUGCGUGGUGUGCAUUCGGAACGCGACUCGGUGUCCAGUAAGAAGUGGAAAGCCUGUGUAGUAGAGUAUCUGGUACCUUCUUUUCGAUUGCGCAAGGUUCAGGUGUGCGCUUCAGUAUUGGGAAGCCAUGGGCUGCACGGUGAGCGCCGAGGACAAGCUGGCUGCCGAGCGAUCCAAAAUGAUCGACAAGAACCUUCGGGACGACGGAGAGAAGGCUGCGAGGGAGGUGAAACUGCUCUUGUUAGGUGCCGGGGAGUCGGGGAAGAGCACCAUCGUCAAGCAGAUGAAAAUUAUCCAUGAGGACGGCUACUCAGAAGACGAGUGCAAGCAGUACCGAGCUGUGGUGUACAGCAACACCAUCCAGUCCAUCAUGGCCAUCAUCAAAGCCAUGGGCAACCUGAAGAUCGACUACGGGGAGGCUGGCAGAGCGGACGAUGCCCGGCAGCUCUUUGCCCUGUCGGCGGCCGCUGAGGAGCAGGGCAUCCUGCCCGAGGACCUUGGCAACGUCAUGCGGAGGCUGUGGUCCGACGGCGGCGUGCAGAACUGCUUCACUCGCGCCCGAGAGUACCAGCUCAACGACUCUGCUGCAUACUACCUGAAUGACAUUGAGAGGAUAGCCAAGGCCGACUACAUUCCAACCCAGCAGGAUGUGCUCAGAACCAGAGUAAAGACCACUGGGAUUGUCGAGACCCACUUCACCUUCAAAGACCUACAUUUCAAGAUGUUUGAUGUCGGAGGACAGCGUUCCGAGAGGAAGAAGUGGAUCCACUGCUUUGAGGGCGUCACCGCGAUCAUCUUCUGCGUGGCCCUGAGCGCCUAUGACCUUGUGCUGGCAGAGGAUGAGGAGAUGAACCGCAUGCACGAAAGCAUGAAGCUCUUUGACUCCAUCUGCAACAACAAGUGGUUCACCGAGACCUCCAUCAUCCUCUUCCUCAACAAGAAGGACCUCUUCGAGGAGAAGAUCACCCACAGUGCUCUGUCCAUCUGCUUCCCUGAGUACACAGGAGCAAACAAGUAUGACGAAGCGGCCAGCUACAUCCAGACCAAGUUUGAGGACCUGAACAAGAAGAAGGACACCAAGGAGAUCUACACACACUUCACCUGCGCCACCGAUACCAAGAACGUCCAGUUUGUCUUUGACGCCGUCACUGAUGUCAUCAUCAAAAACAACCUCAAAGACUGUGGAUUGUUCUAGAUCAAUGUACACAUGGAUAGUCACUCACUCACUCACUCACUCACUCAUCCACCCACUCAUACACAUUGACCACUCGCACGCUCACGCUUGUCCACCCAGUCAGGACACACACCACAUUCUGUAGGUCCAGAAAAUGGCUUCUUUUGCUAAAUACAGGUGCAGGCUGUUUUUAGUCUCCUUGAUCAGCCAACGAGAAUGGCUUGCAUAGCAUGUAGGCUACAAAACCCUGCCUGAAAUAUUUGCAUAGUCACUCUGCCUUAGGUUUAAAACCUUGCCACAACCUUUGUCAUACUGUUGAACAGGCGGUCUCUGAAGAGCAGAGUUUUCAGCACAGAAGAAUCCCCAUAUCAUCAGGAACCACAAUGAACUACUGAGACAGAAUUCCAUCAAUCACUUAAUGACCACAUCUUUCACUGGAGCUUUCUUUCAUUGUUUUCUCCCACUUAAUUUGUUUUGUUCUGUGCAUCGGAUAUUUAAUUUUGAGGAGACGGAUACAAAUGUAUUUGUCUUUCAACCAUUUUUUUUUAAUACAGUAUUUCUUUUUAUCGCAAAAAAAAUAUAUCUAAAAAUGGAAAAAAGGAUCUUUUGUAUUUCAGCGUUCGUUUUCUUUAACUGAUGUGAAAAUUUUAUCUAGCUUAAUUGUGUAUAGUGCUUCUUUUGUAAUGGUAAAACAAACACCGAAAAAGACUGAUUGAAAAGUACAUGAAAAUGCUUUUUUAAGAAAUGUUUACAUUAAUUCCACACUCUUGGCUAAAAGUGUAUAUAUUCUACUGCAUGUUAACCUUAGAUCCGCAUUCAGCUCACAAGUAUCUCAAUCCCAUCCAAUGUUUUGUGUGAUUUCUAGAAAACAGAGCUAACAAACAACAAAAAAAUAUUCACAUGCACUGUACAUUUUGACCAAUAUUUAAAAUAUGUGUACCUAACAUGUCAAAUUUUCUUUCUUGUUGCAUUCCACUCUUAUUUUUGCUGUGUCUGUGCCUUGAAUAUGUUGACACCUGUCUGUAGAGGUUCAAGUUGUCUAUAAUGUAAAUUAGGACCAGUCUUUUGGAGGAAAAAGCUAAAUAUAGGGGGUUGUGUUGAUGAAAAAUGAUGCAAUGCUUAGCUUAAAAUUUGGGAGUUUCAAGAUGUUCUUACAGAUGCACAAUGAGACAAUGCAAAUAAAGAUUGAGUCCUUAGAAUA